AUGGAAACAAACAAUAUGGUGGAAAGUUUGUAAGGGAAGUAGUAUAAAAAGAGUUGAAAACUAAUCCAAAAUGCCAAUCACAAAGAUCCCAAUUGUCCACAAGUUUGGGAUCAUUUCCCAUAGCCAAAGAUUAGAACUUCAGGAGCGACUCUUGAAGCAGUCUUAUUUACAGAGUAUUCAAAGUCAAAAGGCCCUGGUAAAGUCCAGUAAAAAUCCUCUUGAAGUAUCAGAAGAAUUUAUUCGAAAUUACAACAGUAGCCUCAGUUUGGAAGACAGGGAGAAAUAUGAAGUGACAGCUCACAAAAUGUUAGAGAGAGCAAAGAGAAGAGCAGGGCUCAAGAACUGUGGUGUGGGACCAUAUGUCAAUCUCCCUAUGGCGUGGACAGAACUGGCUCAGUUGGCACAGUGUAAAGGAAAAAUUCAAGAGGAGUGCUUAGAUGUGCUAAUUACCUCCCUUGACCAGUCUCCACUGGAGAAAUAUCAUAUCCCUGCACUGUUUUUCCUGGCUGAAACCAUGCUUUACUGGCUGCGAACAGACGCUGUGCAUCAACCAUAUCUUCGUACAGGGGAAAUUAAACUACUGAAGAUGGGACAACUGACUUUUACAAGAUUAUUUUAUCACCACAUGGCCGGACAACUUCAAGGACAAAUUGAAUUCAAAAAUCGACUCUUUACCUACUUAGAUGGUCUUGGUGAUUGUCAGGAAGCAUACAGUCCAUAUCCAAAUGCCCUUCUGUCAUUGCGCUUCAUUGUAUCUGUGGGUAAGAUCAUCAUGGCAGACUCCCAGGUGGAACCCGGGGAAGUGAAGGAGGGUGAUAACAUGUCCAUGUCAAAACCUAGGACCCCCCUCAGUAGACCUAGUGCGCAAUACAGCAGUAAGGGCACCAGGGAAUCAAGUUCCAAUAGACAUGAGCCUCGGGAGAACUCCCAGUCAGCACACAGUGCAGGUGCCAUUAGUAGCAGUGUCCAUGAUUUGAGUCCCACUCUUUGGCAUGCCCUGGAUGUGUGGAGAUGUACAAACCACUUAGGAGGGGGACUGGCAGAGGCACUGAGAGCUCUGGCUACCUGUGGAAUGGGACUGUCCAAUGAAAACUGGGUUGACACAAUGGUUGCACUACAAAUACUAGCUGAAGCAGGAAAGACAAACAUUGCCGCAAUGAAAAUUCUUCACAGCUUGGCAAGAGGUGUAAGACCAAAGGUCAGAGGAGGUUCUCCAACCAGUACCUCACAAUCAGAUGCAUCAGAUGUGUAUAGUGUAUCCACUGAUGAGGAAGAAACCCAGAAAGGGAGAGAAUCAAGGAUGAGUAUUCCAUCCAGCUCUAAGCCAACUCUGAGUGACAUCUAUGAAAGAAGUGAGGAAGACAAAGAUUCAGAAAAGAAGCUUUCUAGACAUUCUCGUAGAGGGGACAUUGAAAUGACACCCACAGAGCCAGAAAUUAAGCAGUUCCCAAUGAGAAGAUCCAAACCAGUGGCCCUUAGUGUCGAGAACUUGGAAAAGUUUGAUUCAAAACUGGCAUCUAAGGACUCUCCUAACACUGGUUUGAAAGGACCUGGGCCCAGGGAGGUAUCAUUUGGGGAAAUCAAGGGGGAAAGGUCUAACUUGACACGGGGAUCAGACAGACCCAGGGUUACCCAGGAGUCAAAGCGUACUGGUAGUUUUAUGACGGAGCCAGUUCCUGGUACAGGAUGGAAGGCAGAGGUGGGAUCUGAUCUUCCAGAGGGAAGAGCCUCAGAGGCUAGCUCUGUACCCACCUAUACUAAUCUUCCACUUCAGGAUACCCCAGGAUUAAAUGGCUGGCACUGGGAGGUGGCCAUUACAUACACUGACAUUUUGUCUGACAUCUGCCUCCAUGGUAGCACAGCUGGGAUACAGAAGAUGGCCCUUAUGGGUGUGAACAAGGAACUGACUGACCCCUUCCAGAGGGGUUUUGUUAGUAUCCCCCUGAUCAGUGCAGGAUUGUUGGACCUGGCUUUCUUCCAUGCUGCUAGUGAGGCUAGAGAUGGAGGGCCCAAUGACUGGAGUUGGAGGAUUCGCUUUGGUUCUAUUCAGUCUCUGGUAAAAAUUUGCCGAUGUUUAUCUUCUGACAAAAACAGGGAAGGAAUGAGAACAGCGGCGUGGAACAUUCUGAUCCGAGCUCACUCCAUGGAGAAGGAUGACAGGGUCCUUGAGGCCCUAAAAGUCGGACAGGUCCACACUGACUUGGAGAAUCUUCUGGCAAAGAAGGACACAAUCACUCCUGCGACUAUCGGUUCUAAAAUUGCCUCUGGGUUAUCUACAAUUUACUUGCCUCCAUUGCCCCCUGCAGUAGAACCCUACAUCCCCCCUUCAGCUAAACAGAGUCCCCGCACGCCCCUUCACAAGAGAGAACAGGCACCUAAAGCUGACAAGAAAGCAAGGACUUCUCUUAAGGAGGAAAUAAUGCUAGCCACUGCUCUGUAUGAGGAGCCUCCAGACUUCAAGACGAGGACAGGAUUUGAUCUGAGGAGGAUUGUAGAGGACCAGUGGAGAAAAGAGCUUCAAAUUGAGUUGGAGGCAGAAGAGAAAGAAAGACAAAGGAAAUUAGAAAUUCAGCAGAAAGAGGAAGAGGAGAGACAGAGAGAAAUAGCAGAACUAAAGGCUGGAAAGUUUAGGACGAAGCCAAAGGAAGAUAUAAAACAGACAGAGUCAAAGGAGGAAGGGAAAGCAGAUAAAGAAUGUUCUGGGGAGGAUCAAAAGCAAGGGGCAGGGGUGGAGAAUGCAGAGGAAAAGGGUGAAAAAAUGACAGAAGAGUAGGACUAAGCAUUAAAUGUUCAAAACUGUUGUGUUGUUUAAAUCUGUGAUAGUCUGUUAUGUGCUGAAUCUAAGACAGCAGUUUAAAAUAUCUAUUAAUGGAUUUAUUAAAAGGUGUGAAUAAUUUGUGUAAUGAAUAUAA